GACAGAUUGAGAGUCAGUGGUGCUUUCUAGAGGGUACAAAGAUGAUAAGGAUCAUGGAGAAUGGUUCCUUUACACAGGAAGGCGCAAUCCUUGUUGCAUUGUCUCAGGAUAAGUCAAUCCUGAGUAAUGAAGGAGGCGAAGAUGAAGACUUGAAGAUGAUGGUGGCUGAAUCUGAUAAGCUUUUCAACUCAGAUCAGUUAGUUACUUGUGCAGUCUCAACUUCUCAAAGUCAGGUUUCCACUCUGGAUUAUCCUUCAAUACCACCCUGUUUCCAAAGCAAGGAAACAUCACAACCAAAUCUCUCAAGCAAAAUGGUUUUGAUCCUCUUCUCGCCCUCCAUGACUAUCCUGACAGCACCUUCAGAUUCAAGAUGGUUCUUUUGCAGCCACUGAUAAAUAUGAUAUGUGGUGUUUAUUGAUCAUUCAUGGCAUCGGAUUUGAAGAUAAUUCUCAAUCUAAUUUGGAAAGUGUGACGCAACAAAAAGCCUAUUUUUUCUAGUGGUCUCCUUGAUUAGUUUGCCAAGGACGAUGCUGGUAGGGAUUGCAUAAGCGUUGAGGUUUCUAUGUUCUUCAUUAUUUUCUUAUAUUUUGUAAAAUUUCAUAGUAAUAUAUGUAUAUAUUGAAGUGGGAUUGAAAUGGGACCAAAUACAAGCACUUGUAUAAUCCAUUUCCCCUUUGUACAAUCUCUUUGUGUUAGUUACUAAAGAUUUAUGUUUUCA